GGCGGGGAGAACACUGUGAAAGGGAAGGCGGUAUUGGGCAGUUAAGGGAGAUGAAGGCGCCAGGCGCUGAGCUUCCGUUAAUGAGGGAAGCCGGGGGAGAGUGCAGGUGUAGAGGAGAAGAUGGGAGAAAGCAAACUGGUUCGGGAGUGUGUGUUAGCGGGCACUGGCGGGCGCUAGGACCGGGCGUAGAGGAGGUGCGGCUUUGGGACUGCGAAGGCACGCGCUAGUUGAGAGGUGACGCGAAGGUGGCGGAGGUUUCUGGCGGAGAGACUAAACGCUUCAGGGAGAGGAAAGUCUGCUUCCUUGGGCCUCGGCUCGCCUUCCCUCGUACUGCUUGCGGGUCUUGCUCUGGUCCAGGGGCUCUCAGCCUCUCCUCGGCCCCAUGGCACCUUUCUUGCCCCAGCGCGCACCCCUGCGCGCCAGGGCCUAGUGGUGGAGGCCGCGGGGGGCCCGGCCACUCAUUGGCUACUGCGACCGCGGGCGGGGCGGGUGGGCGACGCUGGACCUCAGAGGGCCUGAGCGUUUUUCCCGCCAUGUCGUUUGUGGAGAGCGGGAAGCGUUCGGCCCUUCUGCGCCGCCGGCCCGGCACCCCUGUCCCGUUCGCUCGACCUGCGUAUUCCGUUUUCAGUCUGGGAGAUAGCUGGGGUGAGGGCGAAGUCGAAGAGGAGGAGGGAUGCGACCAAGUGGCCCGUGAUUUGCGGGCGGAGUUCUCGGCCGGGUCGUCGUCGAAACCCAGAAAGGACUCGGUACUCCGGCCAGUUGGGGACGGAUCUCCGGUUCUGCCCGAUAAACGCAAUGGCAUUUUCUCGGCGGAUGCGGGUGGUAAAACCAUGGCUCGGCGUUGGCCGGUCCAGGUCCUCUCAAUUCUCUGUUCGCUGCUGUUCGCCAUUCUCCUUGCCUGCCUGCUCGCCGUCACCUACCUGGUCGUAAAAGAGUUACAUGCUGAAAAUUUGAAGAAUGAAGAUGAUGUAAACACUGGACUGUUAGGAUUCUGGACUCUACUUAUAAUAUCCCUAACUGCUGGAUUCUCCUGCUGCAGCUUUUCUUGGACAGUGACUUACUUUGAUUCUUUUGAACCAGGAAUGUUUCCUCCUACUCCUCUUUCACCUGCCAGGUUCAAUUCCUGCCCACCCCAUGGACAACUCAGAGAGAGCAAAUGAAAUCUGUUUGAGGAACUGUGAAAAUGACUGGACAUUCCUUCCACAUGGGCUAUAGUAUGGCAAUUUUGAAUGGCAUUGUAGCUGCUCUUACUGUAGCUUGGUGCCUCAUGUAAACCUGCACUGAAGCAAAAUACUGGACAAAACUUAGUCAUGAUUACUUUGUAAUAACUGAAGAACAUCACUGCCUAUUCCCAAGACCAAGAAAGUUGCUGCUUAUUAUGUGGUUCAGAUACAUGUCAUAUCAUCAUCAUUAUGGAGGAAUUUUUAAGCAUCAUUCUAGAGCCUAGGCAUUGGGAAUAUAUAAGUAUUAAGUUUCAAGUAGUUCUUAAAAGUGUAAGAUGUUUACCUCAUCUUUUUACUUUUGUGUGUGUUGUCCUUAUAAGUUGUAGAAAACAUUUUAAUGGAAAUCAAACUCAGAAACCUGGGUGCAGAACAUCCUGUAUCAAAGCCUGCCUUUACAUGUAUAUACUACAUUUUUGCUAAGAAAUACUGUUAGUACUUUUGAGAUAGAAAUAUUUCUUAUUUAUUCAUUGUAUUAGAAAAGCAAACAAUGCCUACUACUUUGACAUUUUAUAGAAGCUACUUUUAAAUCAGAAUAUUUAGUUUUCGAUAUAUAAUCAAUAGAAGGUGCACUUAUUUUUUUAACGGGGUAUGAUUCUUUGUGUUUUUCUUUUUUUUUUACACAUUUUCCUACUAUAUAUUGAAUUUGUAUCUUUUUAAAUUGUUGCAUCUAGGCAAAUGUAAAUGUUAUUUUUUAUCUGGUGCAAACCUAAUACUUCCCAUUUUUAAUAAGUAUUUUGUCUUUUAAGAAAAGCACAUUGGCCUCACAUUUAAAACUAAGUACUUAUUUUUAACAAAAAAGUAACUGAAAAAAGUUUAAUUAUUUAAGGAAUGAUAAUAUUGAGAUUUAAAAGCUAUUCCCUCUUUCCAUUUUCACAAUGCCAAAUAUUUAUCUUGGUGCAUUUAUGAUUACUUCAACAGAACUGAUACUAUCUUGUUUUUAAUAAAUAUAGACUUGACAUUUUUAUUUUUAGGAAUGCUUGAAUUAGUUUGUUUCUAAUCUCCAAAAUUUGGUUACCAAAAUAGAAAAAGUAUUUUGAUACAGUGUGUGUGCAUAUGUAUAAUUUUUUAUGUAUAGUUUCCUUAUUUUCCUAUUUAAAUGUUCUUUUGUAAUUGUGUUGUUUUUGUUCUCAUUCUAAUUAAGCCUUAAUUGUUCCAGUUCCUUUCCAAAUACCUGCUUAGGAAUAGUCACCUGAAUUUGAGAAAGAUGGACUGUUUAAGAUACUGCUUUCCCUGGCCACAGGAAAACCUGCCUUAGGGUAGCUUUGUGUAACGAAAGUGCUUACUCAGGCCAGAUGGGAAAUGAAUAUCUACACUUGUUCAUGUUACCUGCUGAUUGUUGUUACUGAGUAAAUGAUUUAAUAAUGUUUCUAAAA